AUGAGACCCUCGUCAGCCGCCUGCUGCUGCUGGACUACACUGGUUUUAUUCUUUAUUCAAGGAACAUCGAGAGCAUGCACAGUGAAGAAACUCAGCAGCAGCUCCGGACGGUUCGCCAACGCCACCUUAGUGCGUCUGUCAGAGUUUUUGAGCGCAGGAUAUAAAAAAGGAGUGAGACCGGUGAAGGACUGGAGGACUUCCACUAUCGUAGCCAUUGACCUCAUGGUUUACUCCAUCCUCAAUGUGGAUGAGAAGAACCAGGUUUUGACGACAUACGUGUGGUACAGACAGUCGUGGACGGAUGAAUUCCUCGUCUGGAACCCAGAAGACUUUGAUGAAGUCCAACAAGUAUCGAUCCCGACGGCCAACGUGUGGGUGCCUGACAUCCUCAUCAACGAGUUCGUGGACGUGGGGAAGUCUCCAGAUAUUCCUUACGUGUACGUGACACAUGACGGACUGGUGCGGAACUAUAAACCCAUCCAGGUCGUCACGGCGUGCACGCUCAACAUCUACAACUUCCCAUUCGACGUGCAGAAGUGCAGCCUCACCUUCCAGAGCUGGCUUCAUACCAUUGAUGACAUCAACAUCACCCUGAUGCGAACCCCCGAGGAGCUCAGGGAGGACAAGAGCGUCUUCAUGAACCAAGGAGAGUGGGAGCUACUUCAUAUUCUGUCCAACUACAAGAUCUUCAGUGUGGACAAAAACGAUUAUUACGCUGAGAUGAAGUUUCACGUGGUUAUUCGGCGGCGGCCAUUGUUCUACACUGUGAACUUGCUGCUGCCCAGUAUCUUCCUGAUGGUGAUGGACAUCGUUGGUUUCUAUCUGCCACCAGACAGCGGAGAGAGGGUUUCCUUCAAGAUCACAUUACUGCUGGGCUACUCUGUCUUCCUCAUCAUUGUAUCCGACACUCUGCCUGCCACCGCCAUAGGAACCCCGCUAAUAGGUGUGUACUUCGUGGUGUGCAUGGCUCUCCUGGUCAUCAGCCUGACUGAGACGGUGCUGAUUGUGCGUCUGGUCCACAAGCAGGACCUGCAGCCGCCCGUUCCCCACUGGGUCAAAUACCUGGUGUUGGAAAGAGCUGCGGUCCUCUUCUGCAUCCACAGGAAGCACCGACUCUGCUCCAGACUGUCCUCCCAGGCGUCCGACCUGGAGCACUACAAGGAUAACAACUACGGGACGGCCCAGUGCACCCACCACCACCACCACACCUGCGAGAUCGCCCGUAGACUCAGCCAUCACGACAGAGAAAGCGGGUUGCUCGGACUCGGCCUCCCCCCCUCCAGAGACCCCACCCCACCCGUCUUUGAUAACAUCCUGCAGGAAGUGACAGCGAUCCGCCACUUCCUGGAGAAGAGGGACAGGUGUCGUGAAGUGGCGAAGGAAUGGCUUCAGGUGGGCUACGUGCUGGACGUGCUGCUGUUCAGAGUCUACCUGGUGGCUGUGGUGGCGUACAGCAUCACGCUGGGAACGCUGUGGUCGGUGUGGCAGGUGGCCUGA